AUGGGUCUUCACUUAAGCUCCGCCUGGAGCACUCCUAGGGGCUGGAGGUUGAUCACUGUCACACUCAUCGCGCUGACCUUGCUGCUUGUUAUACCCCUCCAUCGACUCAGCGACGAUUCUCCGGGCGUUUACGGCCAUCUGACAAAAUAUCUCAGUCAUGAGGGCGCCGCUUACGAUGUCGAAGAAGGCUUUAUCGCCAACCUCAACGAAACCACCAACGAGCAGAUAUUGAAAGAUGAGGAGCCGGACCGUCAGACCACCGUCGAGAGGAUCUCUUAUGAUACGGAUACACCCCAAUACACCGGCGAGGAGGAGAAGGAAGCUCCCAAAACCCCCGAGGUGCCUGAGGGAGCCCAGCAGCCAGAAGGCGAACAGAACCCGAGUAUCCAGGACGAUCGAAUAGUCCUUGAAGUCGAUCAUAGUAUCGAGAACGAAGUCGCCCAUAACGAAAAAAUUUAUAACGAGGCACCCACGGAAAUCAACAAGUCCGAGGGUAUCGAUAUCAAACCUCAGGGCGAUCAAGUCGGCGAGAACAAGCCACAACAAGACGCAGACCAGCCUCAGUCCCAUGACGAUCAGCAAAAGCCCCAAAGCCAAGAGGAUAAACCACAAGUCGAGAACGUGUCUCCUAAUGGCGAUGAUCAGCGACCCGACGGAAUCAAGAAUCCAGACCUGUCGCAGAAUCAAAACGGCCAGAAAGACGGAAACGGCAUUGGUGGAACCGAAACUAAAGCUCCUGAAGUGAGCACAACGACCAGCAUCGCAGGCGUAUUUACUCCGUCACAGACGGCAGAGCUCGAUGUUCCCUCAGGGCCUCUAUCGAAUUGGACGGGUGUCUGUGACGGGUUCCCCAACACAGAUGGUAUCAUGCUUGUCAUGAAAACCGGUGCCACUGAAGCCUUCACCAAACUCCCGGCCCAUCUCUUGACAAGUCUCCAGUGUCUGGAUGACUAUCUCCUAUUCUCCGACCUGGACCAGCAAAUUGACAAGUACCAAAUAUACGAUGUCCUCAAAGACGUCAAGGAGGACGUCAGAAAAGGGCGCAAAGAGUUUGAUCUUUACAAAGCGCAGAAUGAUUGUCCAAUUCCCCAGCAGUAUUGUACCGCCGAUAUGAACGGCAAGGAUGGCUGGAACCUUGACAAGUACAAAUUCCUCCACAUGGUAGAGAAGGCUUGGGAAAUGCGCCCCAACAAGGAGUGGUAUGUGUUUGCCGAGGCCGAUACUUAUGUUUUCUGGCAGAACUUGGUAUGGUACCUUCGCAACAGGGUCAAUGGGACAGAAACUCCUUAUGUCGGGAGUGUUGCAAUGCUCAAGGGCAAGCCUUUUGCCCAUGGUGGCAGUGGCUAUGUUAUUCAUGGUGAUACCAUGAAGAAGAUGGUCGCCAUCCCGGACUUGGCGCACAAGUAUGAUAUGAUGGCCACUCAUGAGUGCUGUGGUGAUUACCUCAUGUCUCUGGCCGUUAUGGAGACAGGCAAGAAGGUUAAGCAGGCGCACCCUAUGUUCAACGGCGAGAAGCCCGUUACGUUGCCUUUCGGCAAUAACCACUGGUGCGAACCUCUGUUGACUAUGCACCACAUGAACCCCGAGGAGGUCAGCGAUGCUUGGCACUUUGAGCAGACCCGAAAGAAGAAGGGACCUGUUCAGAUUAGGGAAAUGUACCAUGAGUUCUGGGCUCCCAAGCUGGAAUCCCAGCAUGACGAAUGGGAUAACCUAUCUGACGACGUGUGCUACAUCGGGUUUGGUCCUGAAGCUCAAGCCAAGGCCUCCGACCACCAAAAGAGUCGACAGAGGAAAGAGAAUGAGAAGAACGCUGUAGAGCAGCAUGCGCACCGUUCCAAGGAGCAUUGUGCUAAAGUUUGCGAGAGCGACGGUCUCAACAUCUCCGAAAAUGAUUAUUACGGCCUCAAGGAUGACAACCAGCGCAACGAGAUGAUAAAGAGGCGUUAUAACCAGAAGAGGGGCGACAAAAACUGGAAUGCCAGUCGUCGUUGUUUCCAGUGGCGUUACCACAACAACGUUUGCUGCGUUGCCAAAAGCUUCAAGAGGGGAAAGCCUCGCAAGGAACAAAAGCCAGAGGAGAAAUGGACAAGCGGCUGGUUUGUUCAAGGCAUUAAUGAUUGGAUCGAUGCCAAGGGAGACUGCACACCGAAUUGGAAGGAUCCCAGGUAA